AUGAGCAGACGUAAACUGCUUAUCAAUCUUACAAGACUGAGAGAUGAAAACGAGUUUCAAAUUCUACCAACAGCAGAAUUUUCAGUACACACCUUUAAGAAUGAAUUGGAUGCACAAAAAGUAGAUAAGAUACUACGAAAUAGGUAUCUCUAUAUCUUUCUAAACGGUCUUAUCGGUGUAGCUCUCAUGAUCAUCGAGUUACAACUCUCUUGGAAUGAAAAAGAAAUCAUCAUCAACAGUUCAACAAAAGCAAUUAGAAUCGUUAUGUUUAUAUUAAAUUUAAUUUUAUUAUGUCAACUAAUGGACUAUUAUCGGUUGUUGCUAUCUAAUUGGGGACUACUUAUGUGGCUACGUAUUUAUAUGUUUGCACGUGUCUACAGAGAUUUCUCACAUGUAUAUAAAUCAAGACAUAGUCUAGCAUCAAAAUAUAGAGCAAAGAAUGAAGUACCACCUAAAUUCAAUUGGGCAUUAAGUUUAAAGACAUUAUUGUAUCAACGGCCACUGAUGACAUUCAUACCGUUCACAACACUUAUUAUAUUUAUAUGCUCACAUAUUAUCUACGUAUUCGAGAGAGAAGCACUCGCUGGAUUCUCCUAUGCAGUCUCACUCUACAUUUCAUUUAUAAGCAUGGCUACUGGUUGGCCAACCGAUACCUACGAUAUCUACAAUCCAUCCACUUUCUUUGGAAGAUUUGGUGCAAUUAUGUCAUCUGUUUUGGGUCUUUUUACUUUGGCUUGUUUGAUUGAACAAUUUAGCAAUCUUACACAUCCAACUGCUCACCAGAAACCAAUUCUCAAUUAUAUUUAUCUCCUAGAGUGUCAAGAGCGUGAGAGAAACUCGGCGGCAAAGCUGAUACAAGUCGUUUGGAAACGUCAUCGUUGGCAACACUCUCAUAGCUUCUCGGCGAACCGAACGGUUUACAACACACAGGAAGCCUAUUUCUGUAUGAAAUACAUAGAGGCAGUAAAGAACUUUGGAAGAGAACGUCGCUACAAGAAACAGAUACGCGCACUCGUUUCUUCGGAUCGCGCCGAAAACGAAGACACUGCUGACAAGACCAAGGAGGUCGAGUUGAAACAGAUGCUCGAAACUGAAAAGAAAGCACGUAUAGCUAUGGAAACAAAGUUGAAAACAAUCGAAGAAUAUAAUAUAUACAUCUCAAAUCAAUUGAAUUUAAUCUUACACAAUCAACAAUCUCAAUUUUUACAACAAAUCAAUAAUAAUAAUAUUUGUUGGUUGAUAGUUGUGGGUGUUUCUUUGUUUAUGUAUAUGUUAAAAUUGUUCUCAGGUGAUAAUAAAACUAUUCUAUUAUCACUAUUAUCUGUCUUUGAUCAUAGAUAUCGAUACCAAACCACAACAAGACAAUGCAAAAGAAAAGACAUACAUAUUAGUUUAUUCUUUUUCGACCACUUUCUUCAACAUGAAAAACAACAAUAA